AUGAAGAAAGAGCAUAAAAAAAGGGACGUGGAGCAUGCCUCGAAGGCACAACAAAAAGAAGAGUUGAUUCUCCCAGCAUCCUCUGUGGAGUGGUUGGCGGCCCAACUAGCUGAGAAAUCAAAGAAGGCAAAGGAAAGCUUUCAAAACUUGAGGAAGGAAGCACAGAAUCUCAUCGCAGCAACUUUGUUUAAAAAAGAAGUUCGUGAUGAAGAAAUUGAAGAAUUCAGUGAAGUGGCAAGAAACAGGCUCGUUGAAUCUGAAGAAUUUGAUAAUGUGAAUACAGUCACGAUGGAGUUUGAGAAGGAGAUGAAAGAAGAAAGUGAUGCGGAGAAAAUAAGAAAAAAUGAGAAAACUCAACGCAUCACCAAAAAUAUUAAGAACAUCGGGAAGGAAAAGAAAAUAAUAGCAGCAAAGAAGGAAAAGAAGAUAGAGGUUGCAAGAAGGAAAACGCGACCUAAGAAAAGUGAGAAUCAGGCACCCAGUAAAAAGGAUGCGUGA